ACAUAUCUGUGCCUGCUAAGUUUUCGGUAUGCAUUUGUCCUGUGAAUCCCACGCAUCCGUCCGUUUCUCUAUUCAAAAGUACAGCUCGCUUUUCUUUCAAAACGUUUGCAAAGUAAACAUAUUUAACUGGAAAUAUUUAAUGUAGGCUACGGUUGAUAGCAUUCCAUUAUGAUUUAAUGAAAAAAAGAAAUACACAAGAUUACAAGAAUACAAGACUAUGUAGCUCACUUUUUCACAUAGUAAAACGUCCGUCCAGUACACACACACACACACACACAUAUGUAUAUACUUCUGAGUUGUUCAUUCUCUUUUUAUCCGUUCUUUCUGUCUCUCUCUCGUACAAAAUGGAUUGCCGUUCAUCAAACUAACGGUUCUUAAACAGCUUUACAAAGACAGCUUUGUUACAUGAAGAAAACGUUUGGAGGAUAAUACCCUUAAAAGUAUCAUACCCUUUGCAUAACAACAACAACAGAAAAAAACGCAUUUCUUGUGUUGCCUGGGGCUUGGCGCAGGCGCUUUGGAGCCUUGCUGUCACUGAAACAUUUUUCUUCACAUUGGAAACUGUCACAAGUGACGUCAAUCAUUGUGCGCUGACCAAUUAGAAAGCUCCGUGAUUGUUUAGCUCCACGGGCUGCAGAGCCGACCAUGAAUCUCUAUUCAGUUUCUCAAAGCGUCCUGCUGUUGCCUCUUAAACGAAUGGGAUCCCACGUAGGCAGCGAGAUAGAAUCAAAACUUUAAAAAAGUUUUUUUUGACAUAUUUUAUUGCGAUUAAAAUAGAUUUGUCAUCAUCAUCAUCAUUAUUAUUUUGCCUGCUGUCAAGUUGCUCUAAAAUUAGGAGUAAUGAGCGUGGAUGCUUUAGGAAACCCAAUGGCGGAGCCUGCGUUUUCUAAGCGGAGCACGGCGCUGAGAUUAGUUGACUUGGCGGGGGCUCACCACCACCUCCAUCAUCACCACCAUACCCCUCAGAGCGUGACAGGCUUCCCGGCGUUCAGCAGCCAUCCACACUCAAUGGGUCACGCGCACCCUGGAGAUAUUACUGCAGAACCCCGCCUGGGGCCGAGUCCAUUCGGCCCAGAACACAUGGGGCACUCCGCGGCCCUCAAAAUCAGCCCAGCCCAUCAUUAUCCUCACCACCAUCACCACCACAAUCAUCAUAUGACAGGCCACAGUGAAGUGGUCUCCAGUCAAACGGAAGCUUUCGGCCCAGUGCAGGCAGCGGCAGUCCCUUACUCCAUGUCUCACUCGGCCCAGGCGCUGUCUGCGGGUAGAGAUUUCCUAAUACGAAGGGAUUUGGCUGCUCCAGCUAUGCCCGGUCUGAUUGACCAGUCCUCUGGUGCAGUUUCUCAUCACGGAAUAUUUGUCUCAACAACAGGUAGCUAUCCUGGACACUAUGGUCAUCACGCCGAAGCUGGAAACCAUGCCCUCUUCUCUGGCCUUCAUCAUGAACAGCCAUCUAACGGAGCUCCAGGUGGCCAAGCCUUGAAUGGACAAAUACGGUUGGGAAUACCUGGAGAAAUGUACGUUAGGUCUGAUCACAUGAGUCAAAUGGCAGGCUCCAGGACUGAUGCAUUUUCCGCCUCACCUUUGCACGGCUACAGCGGCGUGAAUAUGAGUAUGAAUCUCAGCGCUCACCACCCAGGACCUGGUGCCUUCUUCCGCUACAUGAGACAGCCGAUCAAGCAAGAACUUAUCUGCAAGUGGCUUGAUCCUGAGCAAGCCGGGAAAAAACUUUGCUCUAAAACUUACAGUACAAUGCACGAGCUGGUUACGCAUGUUACGGUGGAGCAUGUCGGAGGACCGGAGCAGGGAAAUCACGUCUGCUUUUGGGAAGAAUGUCCCCGAGAAGGGAAACCCUUUAAAGCAAAGUACAAACUAGUUAAUCAUAUCAGAGUGCACACGGGCGAGAAGCCGUUCCCAUGCCCAUUUCCUGGUUGUGGGAAAGUAUUCGCAAGAUCUGAAAAUCUAAAAAUCCACAAAAGGACACACACAGGUGAAAAGCCCUUUAAAUGUGAAUUUGAAGGAUGCGAUAGACGCUUUGCUAACAGCAGUGACCGAAAGAAGCACUCCCACGUGCACACGAGCGAUAAGCCGUACAACUGCAAAAUGAGAGGCUGUGAUAAGUCGUACACGCACCCAAGCUCCUUGAGAAAGCAUAUGAAAGUACACUGCAAGUCUCCGCCUCCAAGUUCGGGCUACGAAUCUUCGACUCCGUCGCUCGUUUCCCCCUCUUCGGACUCGGGUCGCGAGCCAGUGUCAUCCACUCACUCAGACCCUCUCUCGUCUAACCAAGCUGCCAAUUUAAGCGAGUGGUAUGUUUGUCACAGUUCAGGGGCAAGUGGCACACAGACCCCUCCCAGCAGCUCGUCUUCACCUGACCCAGCAGAUGGGCCUCCUUACAUAAACUCCGAGCCAGGAGACACAUUCUGACCGAAACUCCUGCAGAUGACCAACAUUGUUCACAAAAUCCGUUCAAAAUCUGACAUUUAAUACCAGCCAGUAAAAAUGGGCGAAUGCGUUGCUCUUUGCACCAGCAAACAAACAAAUAUUGAAAAUUGUUGUUUAAAAAAAAAAAAAAAAAAAACUAAGGCCAGUUUUACACGCUCUAAUCAAGAUGGGCGAUCAUUUAUUAUUUUUUAGGAACUUAGGAUAUAUAUAAAACGUGUUUUGCUGAAGUUUAUGUAAAUUAUGUUUUGUUUUUGGUUUUCAAUAAUUUAUUUUUUUAAAUGGACAUGGACAUUUUUGUAUUAUUGAACCAAAGUGUUUAAGAGAACGUGUAUAUUUGUAAAUGGUGAAGUUUUUCUGGUCAAGUGAUAACAGCAAUUUUGUAAAAUCUUUUAAGUCUUUUGAGGAAAUAUUUUUUAUUGUUUCGUACUGAUUCGUAUAAAAACAGUAAUUGAAAAAAUAUAACAAUUUAACGUAGGCCUUCAUAUUAAAUUAUUGUCUGUAUGCUGUCAGUUGGCAUGCCAACAGCUACAUUUUAGUGACAUUUUUGUUGUUGUGCUGUUGAGGUAUUUCUAUAUUUGGCGUUUCGUUCAUUUUUGUUGAAACUAUCUGGAUCAAAGUGAGCAUUGUGUUUUAGCACAUUGGUUACGAAUUUGAUAUUUUAGAGCAAUGUGAAUCGAGAUUUUUUUCUUCUCGAACGGUAUACCAAAUGCCUUGUACUUGUCAGUAUUUGGAAAUAAAUUGUAUAUUAUAGUGAUGUUAUUCAAAACUUUCAAGCUCCGUCUGGUAAAAUAAUCUGCUUUGUUUUGUCAUGAUCCAUUUAUUGCUUGAUUUAUUCGCACAUUUUCAGUUUGAUAACAUAUGAGCGUAAGCAUAGGCCAACCAUCUUAAGACAACUAAUUUAAUGGAUACGAGCAGGACAAGUACGGGUUCCUCCGAGCGUUCUCAAAAAGGUCAGGACAGAUGCCCUACCCAACAUAUAUGACAUAUAUGACAUAUAUGACAUACUAGGGAAAUAGCGUCUUUUUAACCUACUUUAGCUGACUGACUAGAUUUUUUCUACUAUGUAAUGGUGUUAAUGUUUCUGUCAGUUGUCAUUAUAAGAAUCCCAGAGGAGUGUAAGCAUGACACCAAAGCAAACUGCGGUAGAAGUCAACCGUGGGUCAUGAGGAAGGCAGAGAGAUGUCAAAGCUCAUGUCAAGAGAUUAUUCUGUAUAAAGAUCUGUGACGAUAACGGCGUUUUCUAUCAGAAGUACAACUUGGCAUUGGGUAGGCUUCUGGCAAAGGGAUAUGCAGCAAAUAUCAUUAAUAUAAAAAUUGACAUUACUAUUAUUACCACUACUACUUAUAAUAAUAUUAAUAAUUAAAACAAUGAUAAUAAGAAGAACAAUAGUACUAAUUAAAAUAAUAAUAGGCAUAUAUAUUUUUUACAAUAUUUAAUUUUCCUCACACGCCGUUUAUUUUCGGGGUAAUCUGUGGCGACGGAUGAAAAGAUAAAAUUUUCUCAUCCAAACUUCAAAGCUUUUAUUACACAAAGAACGUUUUCACAACGGUGGAUCUUCAUGGUGAGUUAGGACUUUUAUGGUUGCAGGCCAGUCAAAUCCAAGUAAUGUGGGUCUGAAUGUGAAGACGCGGCUGAUUUUGCUGUUCUUGAAUAAUAGUUUGUACCCAUGGGCAAUCUGUUGUAAAUAUAUGUUUUGUUUGACGUUGACUCAGUGAUUUUCAAUUAAUAGCAAGUAAACAAGGACAACGGAGACAACAAAAGAAGCUCGCGCAAAUACGUCAUUGUCCCACAUAAUAAUGCGAUGUCAUUGCGUAAAGGAGUCGCAUGAAUUGAAGCGUCAGUAACUUUUGUUUGUUCUUUCUAUCGGGAUCAGAGGAGGCCUUGAGAGCUGACAGAAACUUUGAAAAGCCACGGAAAUGCUUUUUAAGUAAAGAAAGAAGGCUCCAGAAAAAAAUCGGAAUGUUCACAUGGACUGAUAUGGGGGUUGAAAAGUAUUUAAACGUUUUAUGGUGUUUCAGCACGCCACGCUGCGCUGGCUGUGGCAAAGGGGAGUGCAACAGCAAUCAGUUUAAUAACAUGAGCACAUAUUUAAAUCCAAGUGCAGUAUAAUUUCCAACAAUAUUAUCUAUAUAUUGGUAACGGAUUCAUACAAGCAGGAUGCAUGCAUGCAUAAAUUUUUUCUUAAGAAUGUAUACUGCCAAACAGUGCAAUGCCACCUUAUUUGGAAUUAUAUGGGACUCAUAUAUAUGGUGACGUGAUGGUGCGUUGAUACAGACUUUGUGGUGAGAGAGUUUAUAGUUCGUAUUUAGUAACUGUCUUGUUGUUUAUUUUACCCAAGUACUCUAAUGAAUGGAGAGAAAAUAAACACGGUGGAAAAUAAA